GAACAGCACGUCUAUGGUCCAAAACACACUUGUGUUUAAGCUUAAUCUGAUAUGUGCAAGAAGAACUCGCAUUUGAGGUGUUCCUAUCACGCGAUAACAUGUUAUCACAGAGUGAGUCGAUGAAAGUUUGAAACCAGGCAACAACCAUGCGCUUCAUGCAAUGGCUGUAGAAAAAUGACUUUGCCUCGGAGCGUGGGAAAAUUGGCAUCGCUGGACUGCUAUUCAAAUCAAGAAGCACACGUCUGGCUGCAAGAUUUAUGCUCACAGCAUUUCUACAGUUGAAGUAAAGACGCAAAACGAACUUGGAAUUUGGAAGAAGCCACUGUUUUUUUUGGAUAGAUUGGGGUCCUAAACAGACCCAAAGAAAAGCCACUUAAGAGUUAAGAAGAGCCAAACAAAAAAUACUAUUAAUGGCUUCGCCCGGGUUCGAACCGGAGACCUUCAGUGUGUUAGACUGACGUGAUAACCAACUACACCACGAAACCUUGUUGUUUAAUUUUGCCUCAUUUAUCUAUUUAACCGUUUAAGUACAUGUUUGCUAUUCAGAGUGUCUCUGCCUUUUGAUCUUUCAUAUUCGCGAAAGCGGGAACUCCAAGUCGAAUUUAUGCGCUGUAACAUUGCCUCUAAUUCUAGGGUUCCCUUCGUCGCCAUUGAAACACCUCGCUCCUCAGUUUUCUUCUUUCACUUCCAAGCUUAGCAGCUUCCAGACAGUAAUGGAGUUUGAGUAUUUCGGAGACUCUUUUGGUGAGCUAUCUCGGAGAAAUUCUAGCCCAAUAACUCCUAGGUCAGCUUCGGCGAGCAAUGCAGCUGCUUCUGAGAGUGUCCGGAGCUCCUCGAACAGUAUGACUUUCCAUUGUGACAGUACAAGUACACCAGAUGUUGACAAAAAUGCGGGAAAGAAGAAAAGGGGCUCAAGAUAUACAGCUGGAGGUCUACGUCAGUUCAGCGCCAUAGUUUGCAGCAAGUUGAAGAGCAAGGGAAGAGCAACAUAUAAUGAGGUUGCAGAUGAGAUCAUUUCAGAGUUACCUGGAAUUUACGGUGAAACAGAAGCUUUGAGUGAGGUUCAACUAUUUGAUGAGAAAAACAUACGACGACGAGUAUAUGAUGCAUUAAAUGUUCUUAUGGCAAUGGAUAUCAUCACCAAAGAGAAAAAACAAAUCCAGUGGAAAGGACUUCCAGAUACAAAUGUUAUUGAUCUGGAAGGUAUUAAGGCUCAGCGGGUUAAAUUGAUGGGCAGGAUUGGUGCAAAAGAGGCUUACUUGAAAGACUUGGAAGAACAAAUGGCAGAUCUCCAGAAUUUGAUGUUGCGUAAUAAGCAGUUGAUCAAGAGUGGAAACAGUCGCCACAAAGGAUUUUCUUUUCCAUUUAUACUGGCUCAGACAAGCAAUAAUGCUACGGUUGAGAUUGAGAUUUCUGAAGAUAUGCAGUUGGUGCACUGUGACUUCAAUAGUACCCCUUUCUCCUUGCACGAUGAUACUUCCAUUCUGAAGCUAUUGCGGUGCCACCAAUUGCCAGAAAGUAGAAAUGUGUCUCAAAGUUCUUCAGUUUACUCGUCUUCAAGUUCUGGCAUGGCUUCUGGAGGCACCAGACCCUUUCUUUGGAACUCUGAAACAGAAACUCCAAAAUGAUGAACCAGAUACUGAGCUGUACAAGAAGGCCAUAUAUGGUACACAAACUACAAAAGAAAAGGAAAUUAUGAUAUAUUUGUACAAAUUAUCAUGAGUAGUUUUAAGGUUUCAGCAAAAGGCAAUGGUAUUUAACAUGACCAAAGAUUUGGAUUUGUCUUAUGAGAUCAUUAACUUUUAGAACCCGUAUAGCUAGCAUGUAUUUGAAUAUUCAGUUUUGCAUAUGAGUUUUGUUGCUUUAGAAUCAUUAUA